AUGAAUAACACAACUUGUCAACUUAUCAGCUUUGACUUUAAAAACAGAUUCCUGCCACCUGUUUUCAUCUUAGUAUUCAUCGUUGGUCUGGUGUCUAAUGGAUGGGGACUGAAGUCUUUGCUGCACAACUGGAAGAAACUGGGGGACAUCAACGUUUUUGUUCUGAACCUUGGUCUUACUGAUAUUUUGUAUCUGCUCACACUCCCAUUUCUGAUGGUGUACUAUUUCAAGGAGGAGAUUUGGAUCUUUGGAGAUGCAUUCUGCAAGAUAACAAGAUUCUGCUUCAACCUGAAUUUAUAUGGCAGCAUUGGAUUCCUUACUUGUAUAAGUGUGUACAGGUACCUGGCCAUUGUCCAUCCAAUGAGAGUGAGGGGAAGAUUAACUGUCAUCCACUCUGUGGCUAUUUCAGUCAUGGUUUGGCUGUUGGUGAGUGUUCAAAGUCUUCCGGACAUGUUCUACACUAAGACAUCUGGAAACAAGACUGCAUGCUACGAUACCACCCACAAGAGAUAUGUUGAGGAUUACCUGAAAUACAGCCUCGGAUGGACACUCACUGGGUUUUGUCUGCCAUUCCUCAUCACACUGGGCUGCUAUGGACAUGUGAUUGUCAUUCUCUGCCGCAAAAAUACCACUGACAAGGUACUGAAAAAGAGAUACUUGAGAUUAUUAAUCAUCUUGAUUGUUCUCUUCUCUGUUUGUUACAUCCCCUAUCAUGUACUGAAGAACCUCAACCUCUGGUCAAGAGUUCUGUCCAAACAGCGGAAAUGCCAUGAAUGGUCUAAUGGAGUCUACAUUGCUCAUCAGAUAAGUCGUGGACUUGUGUGUCUGAACAGUGCUCUAAACUCUCUGGUUUAUCUUCAUGGAAAUGAAGAUAUUCCUGAUCAGCUCAGACAGCUGCUCCAGCGAGCUCGACAGAUGUUCAGACGUCCACCUCCAACAGACUCUGGUAGUGUGCCCAUGAAUCAAAUCACAGAUGAAGUUUAAUACAUGAAAAAUGUGUUCUUACAGUGACAUGUUAGACAUUAGUAUAUAUCUGUAAAUGUUUCUCAAAAAUUUAUUGUACUGGGUCAGUGUUUCGUCUUAUAUGGUUUUAUAUUUUGCUGUUAACAUGCUAAAAACAACUAAGAUUAGAAAAUGUACUUAAACAAUUCUGAAAAUUUACUGCUCUCUGUCAGAAAGGUUUGCAGAGAGGAUAGAACGACUUAUUGUGGUUGUGGGGCAAAGCUCAUUAAUAAGUGUGAUGUGUAUGUACUGAAA